AUUAUUUUAUUUAACUUUUCCGAACGGAUCCCGCUUCCUCGUUUUGCUCGCACCAGUCCGGCCUCCCGCCUCCGCCAUCAUGCGCAAAACCUAUAGGCAAAGGCAAAAACCUGCCUCUUGUACCAUCCUCCUUGCGCCCUGCUUCCCAAUGGCCGAAGUCUCUCGUUAACUCUUCGACCUACGCGGCCGCGAAUGCUUUCUCGUCUCCUCCGCCUUAUCUUCGCCAUUGCCUAGACCGAGCUCCACUGUCUCUUAUAUCCAGAUCUCCGCAGGAGACGGUGUCGAACUCUUUGGACUCAUCAAAAGUUUGAUUCAACAGAUGGGCUGCUGCGAGUUAAGGUUUCCGGAUCUGGGAAGCAAGGCCGAAGCCCUCGUCGAACUACUCCCCGCGAGUAGAGCUCGAUCGUGGAAGGAGGGCGAUGGAAAAAAAAUCGACCCUAAUCUGGGAAUUAUGCUAACGAUGUUAAAGAACGCCGCUAUCGAUCCUUGCGAUGAUCGAACUGGAGAGGAUCAAGAGUGGGAGCGUCAAGUACUGAGCACGAGGACAGCUCUAUUUAUCAUACCGGAAAAGUGUGCUGAAGCGGAGUACUUCCCAUAUAGAAAAAGGAAGAGGCACUCCUAUCAUAAUUUGAGUGGCGAGACACUUUAUCGGAGAAAACGAAGGUCUAAAAGAUUAUUAGAUUUACAAAAGUUCGGUGACAUUCUUAGUACAUAUCCUUCAAAAAGAAUUCCCAUUGGUGGUCAUGCUCAAGCUGACGUACCUGACUGGAUUGGUCCAGCUGAAAGGCAUGACGGUGCAAAUGAUAAUUUGGAUGAGCUAAGGUGGUUGGGUACCACAGGAAGGCCAGCAAAAUGGAAUGAGACUGAGUUCAAAUGCGAGUCAAUUGGCAAAGGAAGGGAAGAUUCCUGUGGUUGCGUCUUCUCAGGAUCAGUAAACUGCGUCAAGCUUCAUGUGAGAACUGCUAGACGUCACCUCAAGUCUGAUCUGGGUCCGGCUUUCUUUGAUUGGUGCUUCCAACAAAUGGGUGAGGAAGUUUGCAAGUCUUGGACCCUUAAAGAGCAAAUGAAGUUUGAUGAGAUAGUGAAACUAAAUCCUGAAUCAGAGGGUAAAAGUUUCUGGGAUGAAGCCUUGAAGCAUUUCACCGCAAAAAGAAGGAAAGAUAUUGUAAGCUAUUACUUCAAUGUGUACGUUUUGAGAUGGAUUCGUAGUUUCACCAGAUUGAAAUCUGAACCAGCCGAUAGUGAUGAUCAUGUUGAUAAUGAAGACGGUAGGAGAGCUUUUGAUUAUCUAAAGAACGUCAAGGAUUCUGAGACAAAGCUAUCUACAUAUUCUAAACGAAGGUACCUGUCUAGGAAUUCCUAAAGAUGCACUCACCCAAAAGAACUUACUGUUUCCUUCUGUUACCUCUUCCUUUAAAGUUGCCUAGGCAUCAAACUUCUGUUUGAUGAAUAGCAAGAGGAUUUUGCGUUAACCGUCUUUUUGUUGAUUUCAGAGCAAACGUGGAGUGACUUCUUUCUCAGUGUACCUGGAAUCACUUCCCUUUUGAUUGCGGUGGGAGAUCAGGUCAGAAGAUUUGUGCUUUUGCUUCUUCUCGCUGCUUUUUUUGGCAAAUUCUGUUUCAGGUCACUAAAGUUUACAUAUGGGUCAAUGAUUUGCAAAGGUUAAACUUAUAGGGAGACUAGCAAUAGGCUUGCUUUUUAUUUUCCCACCCUUUACUGGCAAAAGUGGCCAGCAGGUUCAUACAUAUCUACGUUUUAUAUCUAAUCCAGAUUUUUAGCGAUGGAAAAUGCUAAUCGACGUCAUUGAUGUUGAGGCUUCUGCACAGACGUUAAGUUCAGAAAUCUUUUAUCGGUAAAAGAUUGUAUUGGCUAAUUAUGAACUUUCAUGUCUGCGUAGAUGCCUUGCUUUCAUGCAAUAGCAUUUUGAUCUUUAUACUCUAGAAGUGCUAGCUAUUGGCUAGACACUUGAUAUUAAGCUAUUUUCAUAGUAGAUGCAGAUUGAUUUGUUUCAAAUUAGUUAGAUAAUGCAACAUAAAGGUGAUAAAAUGUUGUUUCUAAGAUAAAUAGCGCAGAUUGUUUGACCACUUUGCAGAAAAGAUGGAAUGUGUGAAGUCUAGAAGUUGGACAAUCAAAUUGUUAAUUGUUCCAUGGCUUAAGGUAAGCACAUUGAUACCGCUCUAUUAUCCAGUUAAUAUAAACUUGCUCUAGCUAGCCUUUAGUAAUGUCUUGGAUUUGAGUGGCGAUUAGCUUAAAUAUCUUUCAUGUUGUAUGAAGCUCAACUUCCAGUUCAUAGGCAUAUGUUAUAGGCAUGAGAAAAGAAAUUUGAUUUAAAUGUGAAAUUUAUGUUUUUUGCAUCCCUCCACAUCAUUUUUUUGUUGUAUCCUGAAUGGCAAUAAGUAGGCCAAUCUUUGAUCUUUUUUUUUUCUUCUUUUGGGGGCGGAAACAAUUUAAAACAAGAGCUACAAGCAAGCAAAAAUAGUAAUGCUCAUCAAAAUAAAACAAUUAAAACACGAAAGCAAAGAUACAGCAAUCGGAAAGAAGCCCAAAAUGAACUAGAUUCAGAAACCAAAUUACAAGUCACUGAGUGAACAACAAUUUGAAACAAGAGCUGCAAGCAAAAACAGCAAUGCUCAUCAAAAUAAAACGAUUAAAACAACAAAAGCAAAGAUCUGCGAGAAGCCGAAAUGAACUGGACUAGGAAAGCGUCAAUUCUUGAUUAGCCAUAAGGAAAUUGAAAUCAGAAAGGAAGCCCAGAAGUUU